UUUGUGAACCUAACCCUUUGGCAGUGGAAAACUAGCAGGUUACAAGAGCUAAAUAUAUAGUUCCAAACUUUAGUCAAACUACUAUGGCAAUCCCAAAACGCCAAUUUACCAUGGCAGCAACACAACGCCUAUGUCAUCCUAAAUCCACCAUUAGAGGCACAUCAACUUGUGCUUCACUUGUCACCUCAACCCCACAAUCUGAUGACACAUUUUUAGUCCACAAAAUUUUAUGGAACCUAAAACAAGGUAACCCAAUUACCAAUUCUUCACUAUUAUUAUUACAUAGUUUAAACCCAUCUACUUUUCUUGAAAUUCUUAGCAAUUUUCGUGAUAAUUUACAUUUAGCACAUAAAUUCAUCAACUUGGUUUGUUUAAACUGUCCUAAUUUCAAGCAUACCUCUAGUUCAUUGAGUGCUACUGUACAUUUCUUGAUUAGGUGUAAAAGGGUAUCUGAUGCACAGGCUUUUAUACUAAGAAUGAUUAGAAGAAGUGGGGUUUCAAGAAUUGAGAUUGUGGAAUCUUUGGUGUCGACUUAUGGUUUAUGCGGGUCGAAUUCGUAUGUUUUUGAUUUGCUUAUUAGGACUUAUGUACAAGCUAGGAAGAUCAGGGAGGGUGUAGAAGUUUUUAGGUUGUUGCAAAGUAGGAAUCUUUGUGUUCCGAUAAACGCGUGUAAUGGUCUUUUAGGAGGGCUUGUAAAGAUUGGUUGGGUGGACUUGGCAUGGGCAGUUUAUGGUGAGAUGAAAGGGAGUGGAAUUAAGCCAAAUGUGUAUACCCUUAAUAUAAUGGUGAAUGCUUUGUGUAAAGACGGGAAAAUUGAUAGCGUGAAUCCGUUUAUUCAAGAAAUGGAAAAGAAGGGAAUUUUUCCGGAUAUGGUGACUUAUAAUACUUUGAUAAAUGCGUAUUGUCACGAGGGUCUUCUUGAAGAAGCGUAUGGAGUGAUAAACAUUAUGAAUGCUACGGGGUUAAGACCGUGUCUUUUGACUUAUAAUUCUAUUCUCAAUGGUUUGUGUAAGAACGGACAAUACGGGAAAGCAAGGGAAGUUUUGGUUGAGAUGACAGAGGUUGGACUGGCCCCUGAUACUGCUAGUUAUAAUACAUUGCUUGCUGAGUGUUGUAGAACAGGUAACUUGCUGGAAGCAGAAUCUGUUUUCAAAGAAAUGUCGUGUCGAGGUAUCAUCCCUGAUUUGGUUAGUUAUAGUUCUCUUAUUGGGUUGUUUUCAAGAACAGGCCGUCUUGACCGCUCAUUGGCAUACUAUGAGGAUAUGAAAUGCAAGGGUCUUAGACCAGAUAAUGUAGUCUACACAAUUCUCAUUGGUGGGUUUUGUAGAAAUGGUUCUAUGAAGGAGGCUAUGAAGAUGCGUGAUGAAAUGCUUGAGCGGGGUUUAGUUAUGGAUGUUGUGACUUACAAUUCUAUAUUGAAUGGGUUAUGCAAAGAAAAGAUGCUUCAUGAAGCUGAUAAGCUUUUCAAUGAGAUGGCGGAAAGAGGUGUAAAUCCUGAUUUUUACACUUUCACCACACUUAUCAAUGGAUAUUGCAAGUGCGGUAACAUGGACAAAGCACAGACCCUGUUUGAGGACAUGCUACUGAGAAACCUUAAGCCUGAUGUUGUGACAUACAACAGCUUGAUUGAUGGAUUUUGUAAGGUUGGUGAUAUUGAAAAAGCUUUCUGUUUAAGGGAUGAGAUGAUCUCUGUAAAUAUAUCUCCUAAUUAUAUUACUUAUAGUAUUCUCAUAAAUGGCUUUUGUAAUAAGGGUUGUGUAUCUGAUGCAUUAAGGCAAUGGGAUGAGAUGAUUGUCCUAGGUAUAAAACCUACUAUUGUGACUUUCAACUCUAUUAUCAAGGGCUAUUGCAGGUCUGGUGAUGCUUCAAGGGCAGAUAAGUUUCUGAACAAGAUGCAAUCCAAAGGAAUAUUUCCUGAUUCAAUUACGUAUAAUACUCUUCUUGAUGGGUUUAUAAGAGAAGAGAAUAUGGAUAAAGCUUUAGAUUUGGUUAAUGAAAUGGGAAAUCAAGGUCUGUCACCUGAUGUUAUUACCUAUAAUACCAUACUGGAUGGUUUCUGUAAAUUUGGUAGAAUGCAGGAAGCCAACAUGCUGUAUAGGAAAAUGGUUGAGAGGGGUAUUAACCCUGACAAAUCCACAUAUACAUCAUUGAUAAAUGGAUAUGUCUCUCAGGAUAACUUGAAGGAGGCUUUUCGUUUCCAUGAUGAAAUGCUGCAGAGGGGUUUCAUUCCGGAUGACAAGUUUUAACCUCAGUGCUGUUUGAGCCAGGUGAAGUUUAUGACCAUCAAAUUCUGACAUUUCGCGAGUUCUGCUUUAUGCAGUUUCAUUGCUGGUGUACGAUAAAGAACUAGCUAAUCUGAAAUAUGCUUUGAUUGAUUUGCGGAGAACUAUUGAGAAAUCACUUGCUGGAGGAGAUACUUACGGGGGCUCAACUGGACAUCUGCUCUCUAGGGAACUGUCGGUCAGUGAGACAUUAUCCAGACACAGAGCGGUGCUUAUUCAGAAAUGUGCUUUUGUCUGCGGUGGCAAACUUAAGAGGGCCUUUUGGUAGAGCUGUGAUAAAGAUUGCCUCAAGGGACGAUGACGGUGAGACAAGUGAAUCAGAAAAGUUAUCCAUGUCUAUCUGCUUGAACUUCAUGUUUAAGAUACACUCUCUGUACAACAUACAUGUUUUGGAAUCAAUAUCAAUUAAUCAGCUAUCAUGCUACAACAGAGGGGAAUUGCUGAUCAUGCCAACAUUAAGCUACUGCCUCAGCUUAAUAAAGAAUAAGCUAAUUUUAAUUAUUUGUAUUGCAAAUGUUCCUUAGAUCUAGAGUAACUAUUUGUGUCUCUAAACCAGCUUCAUUAAUUCAAGUCGUUAUCUGUGUAGCUAGUUCUGUUUGGAUCCACCAUGGCUGGAGAUUAUUCAUCAUGAUCCGUGAGAAGAUGACUCUGUAUGCAGGAACAAGAUAUUAACAUACCCUUUCAAGCCUGUGAAAGAUAUAUUAUGUAUUCCUAGAAAGGAUUUUCAGCGAUCAUCAGUCCAAAAUCAACCAUAAACAUUCAAAAAUUCAAUCAUGAGGAACAGUCUCCUUCGAACGAAAAUGACUUUAGAGAAUGUCUCCCCCAUCUCUCUGGAUCAGAUUUAAUCAGGUAAGUAACAGUGGAGAGGGCAUAACAAAAGCUUUUCAAGGAAAGAUUCCACAUUUCUAACUUCUACAUAAAGCAGCUCCUAGAAUCUCAGUUUUUUUUUUUUUUUUGAUAACCAUGGUGUCCGGGUCAGCUUGCGCUUACCUCGACUAAUUUCAUGGGAUACCUCCCACCAAAUGAACAGGUACCAGGUAACUCUAUCCACCAAGGCUAGGACAGAUGGGAAGAAAUCACUUAGUAUUUUUUGUCUCUGCUAGGAUUUGAACCUGAGACCUCAUGGUUCUUACCCACUUCAUUGACUACUAGGCUAGACCCUUGGGUGCUAGAGUCUCAGUUUUAUUUCAAGAAAACCAUCGAUAUACAAGAAUAAGAAUAAGUUCCAAAAAAGAACGUAAUUUGUUGCCCAAAUAACGCAAAUCAAAAUUACUCAUAAAUACAAACACCAAAUAUUUCCAAGUUGUGAACAAAGGGCAAAGAUUGCUCUUAACUAUUCACAACUGCCCAGUGCUUCCUAAUCUCACAAGCAGAGCCGGUCUUGACUUCAAUCAUGCCCAUUUUCUCCAUGGCUUGACCAAAUUCAGCGUAGAAUUGUUUGAGUGAUCCUUGUACUACUUGGUCGAUGUAUGACUUUGUUAUUGCACUUGUUGUCAAGGCUGGAUCAGAUUGGAAUAGCCCCUUUUUCUCUUGAGCACAAGCUGAAAGUAGCUAAGAUCAAAUUUACUGGACCUACGAGGAUCCAUUUCAACAAUUGUCGUUUUGUCAUUGAUUGAUACGCAUUUCUUCUCCUUAAGAUUAGUUGCAUAUUCUAGAGAUGGAUCUUGCGUGCCCAAAAUUCCGGUAAAAUUGUAUAAACGUAUUGAAAUGAUGGGACUCCAAUGGUAUGUGCACCUGAUAGAAAGUUGUUCAUAGGUGUAAUGAUUUUUGUUUAAAAGACCUAAAUGUAUGGAAAGUUUUAAUAUAGCAUAAGGAGAAAUCACUAUGGAUGUACUCAUUUAAACUACCAGAUAGGACCAUGUCUUUUAGGUCAAGACUCUUGCUAGCAAAAGAUGUCAGGAACCUGGAAAAGUUAAUUACUUGUUGAAGGAGGUGUUUGCCAAGGCUUCUGAGGCAUUUGAGAUUCUUCCAUCUUUUCUACCAGUUGGAACAUUCCAGUAAGGGCCUCCCUAUCAUGUAAAGAAGAAAAAGGAAGAUAACGAUUGAGAACAUAUUUCCUUUUAGCUUAGCCCUUUCAUGUGUACAAUAACUAGUUUUAUUGGUUUUUCUAUUAGUGGCUUUAACUAUAACCUCAGUCCUCAGCUCUAUUUAUCUGAGCAAGAUAUGACUUAAGACCAACAAGUAGGAAACUAGUGUACAAGUUGGUUCAAGUCUUUUACUUACUGUGACCAGAACAGAGGCUCUAGCAACCAAGGCAACAAUAUUUGCACAAGAGACAACUCCAGGGCAUUUAGCUUCAACUACUUUCUUCACACCAUCGAUGAAUAAGAAGCCUCAUAGCAUUUGAUUAGGAAUAGCCACUUUUUCAGUCUCGUUUUUUGUGCUCGAAGAGAAAUUGAGGAGUACAGAUUCAUCGCAGCCCUGUAACAACCCAAUUAUUAAAAUCAGAAAACUACCUAACUUCAAGAAUGGCACUAUUCUUAUGAAAUGAGGUAUAAACUUACCCUGACAAAGCAAUCGUGGAAAUGCAGCCUGACCAAGGCAGCUGCAAGAGAUGGAGCAUUUGGUAUGUGCUUUUGCACAUCAUCUUCUCUGUUUUCGGACAACUCUUUGCUUAGAAGUUUAGCUGCAACUGAGCAUGGCUAGAAUCCACCAUUCCUAGUAGAAUACAGAACUGUAGAAAUUAUCCAGAUCGCCAACUUUAGCCAUUUAGA